AUGGCCUCCCUUGGCCUCCACGAAAUCCUUCCCCUCCACCAUCCUCCUCCCACACCCCGACAACAACCCCGCCAUCUCGCCCACACCCUUACCAAGCCCCUCUUCUUCAUGCUUCACCUCCGUACUUGUAAACCCCUCGCAACCCUCUCCUUCAUCUACGCCCUCUCCAUCUCCGGUCCCUCAGCUCCGCAAUUCGAUAUCCUCACUCUGCAUGAAACAUCUCGUGGGUGUUUUAUCUUGGCAAUACUAUUCCUCUGGACUCUCUUCUUUUUCCAAUAUCUGCACGUAAGACGUUGGGGUUCGCGUAAUGCAGAGAGUAAUCGUAGAUACAGGGAAUUGCGGGAUAUACAAUUCCUAACCUGCAUCCUCCUCCUCAUCAUCCUCGCAUUUUACCUCCUCCGUCUCAGCACCACCUUAUCCAAAACCGAAAUCGCAGAAUUAACAACAAAAGCCCUAUCCAUGAUUCCUGUCGCGUUAACAUUCCUCAUCGUCAUUUCGGAGAAAAUUAUGAUUUAUGUUGUGAGUGGUGUGGUUUAUGGAGUACCGAUUUUGAGACGCGGGAUGGGCGGAGUGAGAAGGGGAGUGUUGGGGGCGUGGGCGGAGGUGACUAGACGCUUGGGGUAUGUGCCGUGA